UUAAAAGAAAAACCAAUGCUCCUGAGGGGAUUUGCCUCUGUUCAUAUGCUUCCUGGGCUACAGAUGAGCUAGUGAAAAGGGGAGACUGUGGAAUGAAGGAAAAGAGGAGGAGAUAAAAAAAGGAGCAGAGAGAGACUGGCUGGGGUUAAAAGAAAAAACAACAGGAAACUGACCGAUUCUAAUGCUGUUUCUGCAAAUCCUUCAGAGAUAAAGCAACAGACUGCCACGUCCCAGCCGAGCAACAGCUACACCAGGAAUUUUCAUUGAUCACUUCACGUUAUGACAAUCUAAAGGACUUAAAGUUCAAAAUGUGACGUCACUUCUGCUCUCAGCCUCCAACAGUGUGGUUAAUCAGAAUGUGAGCGGAUGCAGAGUUUUCGGAGCCGUUCGCUGGGAUUUCUAUGCGGCUGCUUUUCUGACCUACUAACUCAACCUCUGUCGGGGUCAUAUGGAUCGAUCGCUGUGCUCCCAAGGAUCUGUUUGUUUUAAUCAUCGGGACUACUAACUGGAGCCACAUGAAGAAUAAAGGGACUAAGCAGAAGUCCAAAAAGAAAGGAAGUGAAAAUGUGUUCGGCUGUGACCUGAUAGAACAUCUCCAGAACUCAGGACAAGAUGUUCCUCAGGUUCUUAAGAAAUGUGCAGAGUUUAUUGAGGAGCAUGGGAUUGUGGACGGGAUCUACAGACUGUCGGGGAUCACCUCAAAUAUCCAGCGUCUCAGGCAGGAAUUCUGCUCCGAGGCGUGCCCUGACCUUACAAAGGAAGUGUACCUCCAGGACAUCCACUGUGUGGGUUCCUUAUGUAAGCUGUUCUUCAGGGAGCUACCCAAUCCUCUGCUCACGUACGAGUUAUACAGCAGAUUCACCGAAGUGGUCUUGGUCCAGGGGGAUCAUGAGAGACUCUUACACAUUCAGGGGGUCAUCAAAGAACUGCCGACCCCUCACUUCAGGACUCUGGAGUACCUUACUAAACACUUGGCCCACCUUGCCACCUUAAGCACCCAGACAAACAUGCAUACACGUAACCUGGCCCUGGUUUGGGCUCCAAAUCUAUUACGAUCUAAAGAUAUUGAGGCGUCAUGUAAUAAUGGCGACAUGGCUUUCCAGGAGGUGCGGAUACAACAGUCAGUGGUUGAGUAUAUUCUAAACCACACAGAGGAGAUCUUCAGUGAUUCUGUGCAAAUCAAACCCAAAGAAGGACCGAGUUUGAUGUGUGGGGAGAAGUAUGCCACACUCCCGAUCAGCGGCCAGUGUGUGCCGAUGAAACUGAUGAGCCUGGAAGAAGCCCAGGCCCGUUCCUUAAGUCCAAACCAUCCUGUGCAUAAAGAACGUCAGCGAGAGAACAGUUUGCCUGACACCAGCACUGCCACGCUCUACCACACCGUCAUAGACAUAUCAGACAGCAAGAGAAAGUUUUCUGGGAAAUCAAAGAAGUGGAAGUCCAUCUUCAACCUGGGACGGUCUGUGGACUCGAAGGGAAAACUCAGCCGGAACGGCAGUGUGUUCAUAAGAACACAAGGGACAGAAAAGGCAGCUCUGCGUCCAUCCAGGAGCAUGGAGUCGUUGUGCUCCUUACCAACAGAUGAUGACAGAACAGGAAACAAAUGUCAAGCCAGUGGAUCCGGCAGCAUUUCUGUUCCGGAUGUAAAGUCCAGAACUCUGGGAUCUGACUCGCUCUUUGAUCUGAGUGAACAAGAUGCAAACUGGGAGUUUAAUAAAGGGACGAAAACUGGAGGGGCAACAGGUGGCUGGAGCUCUAGCAUGGACCAAAAAGGGGCACCAGGUGCCUCUGCACCCCCUCAAAAAACACUGCCUGAGCAACUGAAGGUGUUCAAAGGUGAUGACCUCAGCAGCUACAAGCCCACCUCUCCGAAAAGCAGGAGGAUGUUGUACUCGGGCUCUUCGCACAACAGCUCCUCUCGGCCCUCCUUCCCAGGAAGCUUCUUCCCGCUGGAGUCCUCACCGAGGCAUCAGCGCAGAGCUGUCAACAUAUCCGAGCCUUUUGCUGUGUCUGUACCCCUGCGUGUGUCAGCCGUUAUUAGCUCCAACAGCACGCCUUGCAGGGUGCACGUCAAGGACAAAGCUGCUGCUCUGAAACCUUGCAAAGAGAGCUCAGAGCAGAGCGUCAACAGUAGAAAGAGCAACACUUUCCCCCAACUGGAACCCAAGAAGCAGGAAGGAACAGAGAGGAAAAACACAGAGGAGCCGACCCCGAGAGUCCUGCCAGAGAAAGCAAGCAAAGAAAUAUUGCAAGAAGGUCAAGGAGGGGUGAAUACUUUGCAACUGGAACCAGCGUCCAAUGAUAAUGCAAGAGAAGGCAAAGAUGCGGCGCCAUCUCCUGGGAAAGAACUGCACAACCGGCAGAUAACUCUGCAACCGGACAAGGGAUCAUCUACUGGGAAAGAACUUUGGUCUGACCUCCACCAAGAGCUGAAGAUAACAGAACCUGAAAUCGACCUGCUGGAUGAGACUUUCAAACCCGUUUUCAACUCCAAGAGCCCCUGUGAGGGCAUGAAGUUAACAAUGGAUGUUAAGUCGAAGCGGAGCCGCAGCUCCCCGUCUCUGUCGUUGUUAUUUAGGGAUCAGCCUUCGUACACCUCUCUGAGUGAUCACGCAAUGCCCACUGGAUCAGACUCUGCAAAGAAACAGCCCUCCGAGUCUGACAUCUUAUUUUCUCUUCACAAUAACACAGAAAGCAUUCGCGCUGAUAUGGUGGGCGCAAAAAAAGAGAAGAAGCUGCAUCUAAAAAUCAAACCCUUAAAGAAAGAUGACACGAAACAGAGCCAGCUUCCCUUAAAAGAAACCUGUUUGGAUAAAGUCGUGAAUCCCUUGACGAUAGAGGAUACUCCAACUGUUGUAGGCUUCUCAGGAGCAGAUGAUACCGACAAAAAAUCGGAGAAACUUGAAAUCCCCCAAGGAGACAAAAACGACUCUGGUGAUGCAGCAAAGAAGAAUGGGGUUUCUGCGUCUGAGGUUAUUCAGAGGCUGUCGGUGUGUUUGGAGGAGAGACGUCACGCCUUGGAGCUGCCAAACCUCUACAACGACGAAGGAUGUGGAGCAAACCCAGAGGAGCUGGACUUGGUGGAGCCCUGGGAGGAUUUCAGCUCCACCAAGCAGUGGGUUACCAGUCCGCUCCACUCACCUGACAUAGAGGAGUUGUUUCAGCAGCUAUCACCCUUCGGUACUCGUGGGGAAACUCAGAUUUCAUCUCCUUCAGUUGAUGACAACAAACAGUGUCUCAUUACGAGCACUGAACACUUCUCAGGAAACGUUCCUCAGACUACCAGUAGCAAACCAGAGACUAAAUGGACGCAUUUGCCGUCAGGGAUCAGUGUGAACAGCAGUAACACAGCACAACCUCACACAGGGAAAUGCAGCACAACUAAACAGAAGAAUACAGCAUCAUCUCAGAAGUUUUACAGGCAGAUGUCUUAUGAGGCAGAGAAAAGAGAGGAAAAUUGCUUUUCUAAACACAGACCGUAUUCACUUAAUUUAGACCUGGGGCAUCGAUGCAUCAGAGACAUUUCCAAUCAGCAAAACCGUAAUUCAUCAGCGUUUUCCUCCGGUCAGAGAGGAUUACUGACCUCCUCCGAGUCUGUGAACAACAGGCUUCCCUCAGAUUUGGAGUUGUUUCUGAGUGAUCGGAAGGCGCCUCUACGCCGAAAUUCAGCCCCGGUCAGCGUGUCCUCGGUGCGAACAGCCUUCAUGAUAAAAACAUGCCAGGCCAAAGCUGUGCCUGUCGUCCCUCCGAAGGUGCAGUACAGCCAGAUACCUCCCUCCAGACUCGAGAAGGAUUUCGAUGCAGCGAAGGAACAAGAAAAGGAACAUCCUAAAACGACUGCAGAGAAAAGCAAUGCCGCACCUCAUCCAGUGAUGUCAGAUCUAAAGGAGGAGCUGGAGAAUAAGGAGCCUGAACCCAAACAUCCACAUGUUGCUGAGUCUGUGAAGACCACAUCUACUCCAGAGCUGCCAGUCAUCACGAGGAGACACGCGCCCAGUCUGGAAGUGUUUGUAGAUUGUCCCAGACCCAACAGAGGGAACGUCUUACAAAGACCGUCCUUCAGGAACAGACAGAGACCUCAAAGUCUCAUCCUGCUCAGCCCUCCUUUUCCCAUCAUGGACUAUCCUCCGUCAGGAGAUGACGGCAAGCUCCUUUCGUCCAUCAAGAGCCUGAACGACGCCUCGGCAGCGAAUGUCUUUUCUAAAGAGAUGGCGGACAAUUUAAGGACGCCGGAGGGGAUCGCCCUUCAAAACAAAAUGACCAUUCCAAAAAGUGGACAGAGACUGGAAACGUCAACCAGCUGCUUCUACCAGCCGCAGAGGAGGUCGAUGAUCUUUGACAGCAGGAGCCACAGACAGAUUGAGUGACUGCUGUAACUAACUGUGGGACUGGUUGUGUGUGUAAAGAUACAGUAUACGAGGAAAGUCUUUAUAAAAUGUCAGGAUUUGAGAAAGUUUUGAGGAAGCCGUGAUAUAUGUGAAAGCCAUUUAAGCUUGCCUGAGAUCUAGAGCUGCAGCUAAUGAUUUUUUUAUUUUGCUGAUUAUUUUCUCGGUUAGUCGAUUAAAUGUUUGGUCUUUAAAAUAUCAGAAAAUAGUGAUUUCCCAGUGCCCAACUUAUGCUUUAAAAUGGUUUUAAAAACGGAAAGAUAUUCCGUUUAUUAUCACAGAAGACUUUAAAAACAAGUAAAAAGUAGUUCAACAAAAGGGAGGAUUAACUCAAGGUCCUCUUACUUGCUUUUUCAAGAGGUUUCAACCGCAUCUCACGGCCAUGUCAGAGGAUGGAGUCUAUUCAGUUGUCAUGGGGAUAGCUCACUGAGCAAGUGCCAUCCACUGAGGAAGACAUGCGGCUGAAACCGCCACAAAAAGCUCGGAAGAGGAACAUAACUUUAUUUUUUUUGUGUGUGUGUGUGUAAUUCAAAAGGAUUCGUUUUUAAAAUAUAUAUCUUUUUCCUCCUCCCUCAUUAAACAGGUCACCAGGUUUCUAGUGAGCACCAAACACUUUGUGGUGGUCACUGCAAAAGUGGACAAAAAGUUGCUCAUGACAAUUCAGGGGCUUCAUAUCUUUUCAUGUCUGGAUUCUACUACAUAAAGCCUCAAUUUUAAAAGAAUCUGAAUAAAAACAAACACAUGCCAUCAGUGUCCAUGAUGUUAUGACGUAGAGUUGGAUUAUUUGAAUUUACUGACAGCCAGAGUUCAUUCUGUAUCAGAUUGCGACCUUAAUAUUAAUAUAUAGUAUAUCACAUUAAUAUGCUGAGCUGAAUUUAUCUUUGAACAUUAAGGGCUCUGAAUACAGGGAGUAAACUGAAGAACUGACAAAGAAACAGUUUAACAAUCACACGUUUGAUAGAUAAAGAUGUGUUUAUUUAUUCCUUUAUUAAGAUACACAUGAUAUGAAGUAAACGUGAUAUCUAUAUGCUGUAUGUAUUAAUUGGCUCCGUGAUAAGCUGAUGUCAAUGUGAUUUUUUUUAAACUAAUAUUUAAAAGGAAAUUUAUUUUUCUGAUUUCAAUACAUCAAACUAGAUUGAUAGUAUUUACAGAGGAACUUUAAUUCAUGUGUAUCUUUGUUUUCCGUAAUUGUUUGGUAUUUUGUGUCCAUUUUUUGUUGUUUUGUUUUUGACAACAAUGAGAACCAGCAUUGUAGAAAAGAGUAAAGAGUAUGUGAUGUUAUCAAAAGUAAAACCCUGGAGCUGCUCCGCUGACAGUGAACUGGAGGUUGACUUUGUGCACGCUGACUGUAUUUCAUGUGUUUGAGUCAAAGUCAGAUGAUGGUAUCUCCAGGUUUUUGUCUAUUUUCUUUGCAUUUAACGAACAAAGGUUCUGAUGUAUUUAGCUUUACCACCCAUGAACAUAACCUAGUUGGGAUGUUUAAGGAGUCUACCGUGUAUUUUCUAAAGGUGCGGAUGUUAUUAAGGUGACAGUAUUUGUUAUACUGAAGUUUGGAUGGACUGGCUGAAUGACUGCAGUGUUUUAUUCAACCAAAAAAAAGUUUGAAAAAGGAGAAUUGUUUUUUUUUAUUUGUUUUGUAACUUUUGUAUACUUGUUGAUACUGAAAAUGAUUGACUGAAGCCUCUGUAUUCAAAGGAAAAACAACUGAGCUGAGAGUUUUGCUUUAAGUAUCUGAUGGCGGCACCUGAAGUAAUGUAAAAAGAUACUUGAUGUUAAAACAGAAAGUUAUGAGAAUAAAAAGUUCUGAAAAU